AGCAGAGCACUAGUCCUUAUGGAGCUUCUCUAUCUAUUCUUCUCAAUUGUCUCCACUUUUAUAGCUUCCUCCUUUCACACUCUCCUCCUCCCCUUCCGCCUCAUUUCUCACCCACGCGCCGCCGCAGAGCAUGACCAUGUCACCCUCUACGAAGGCGUCGUCUGGCACACGCGCCGCAGCCCCGUCCAUCAUUCUUUCCAGUAUUCCGUCCGUUACGCCCUCUUUGACCUCGACCGCUCUCCCAAUGUCCCACCCGACCAUUUCUCCGCCGAUGAAGCUCGUCGUAUAUCCAGAACCAAUGGACCGAUAUUCUUGUUGACUAUACCACCAAGCGUGGGAUAUGAACAAAAUCCGUUGAGCGUGUAUUAUUGCUAUGAUGUUGAACGCUCCUCGCGCAAUUUGAAGAAAUGCAUUGCCGAGGUAACAAAUACACCGUGGGGUGAAAGAGUAUCAUUUUUAUUCGACCCCGAGUCCGAUAUAGUUGCAAAGCCGCUUCACGUCAGUCCUUUUAUGGAUAUGUUAGGGAACUGGAGCAUCAGAACUACUGCACCUGAAGAUGACCUAUCGGUGGACAUCUCAGUACAACAUCCUGAGCUAGGCAAGUACUUCAGAGCUAUAUUGACAGCCAAAAAAGUCUCUUCCAAGAUGGCAAGGGAUCAAGCAUCUUUUUUCUGGUUAAUGCCUCACAGAGUUGCCAUUUGGAUAUAUUGGCAUGCUGUCAAGUUAUGGUGGAAAGGUGUUCCCUUCAUCCAGCAUCCAAGAUAUCACAGUCCAAAAUACAGGGAAGAAGCUUUACUACGGGAUGAAAAACUUCAAUGCUGUCCAUCGCUUGGGUCUAAUAAAGAUAGCAAUCAAACAAUUGAAGCAAGUAAAUUGUCUCGUGUGGCUGAAAUCAGCAGCAAAUCUCGUUGUUUUACUUGGAGAGAUGCCAAAUGGCCAUGGUGCUGAAAAGAGGCAAAUUCGGUUUGGCUAGUCCAAAAUUUCAUCUUGCCUCACGAGUCUAAAUGCAUCAGAUUUGUGUUAAACCUAGUUCAUAUUAAUUACACUUGUACACACUAGCUACCAUUCAAACAAUAUAAGCUGCGUACAAAAUCUUGAACUGAUCCACAAAAGCUAUCCAUUGUAGUUUUAUCAUUUCUGGCUUUGUCAAAUUCUGUUCAGUCUGAAUUUUUAUUGAGUUUGUCUAAAAUCGGUCUUUACAAAAAUGAGAAUCGAUUGGGAAAUGGCCGUAUGUUUACGAUCGUUCGACAUUCACAUUUUCAGAUUUAUGGUAUAUGGUGAAAAACCGUUUGCGGAACUUGGGUUGAAAUUAUGAGGUUCCAAUUAGUUUCUAUCACUCUCUUCCUUCCCCUCUUUGUGUUGACUUGUGCCUCCACCUCGCCGGUGCUGUGUUGCCAACCUUUGUCGUCACUGUGCAUUCUCUCAUCCUUACUCUCCCGGAUCGCUAAUUCUUCUCUUCCUACUAUUCCAGAUUUUUCAGAUAGAUAUAGAGCUCAUGAAGGUAACAUCAAAAUUUAAAUUUUGCCAAUUAAACAUUAUUUUUUUGGGGUUUUUUUUGAUAAUUUGUGGUAACAUCAAAACAAGUUGGUCUUUGGUUUCCAUUUUCUUGUUUGUUUGAGUUUUAGUUAAUGAGUCAAAGUUUGGUUUGGAACCUUUUCGGAAUAAUGCCUGAAUGCAUAGGAUUUGCGAGUACUUAUGUAGAUUUUGAGUGCCUACAGUUAGAUGCUAAAAUUUGUCAGCUUACCUUGCAAUUAAAUAAAUGUAGAAAGUAGAAGGUGAUGAUGAUUUUGUGGAAAAAAUCUAUUAUAAUGAAUCAUAUCUCAUCCAAUAUAUUUGUAUGUUUAUGGCUUUCAAUUUGAUUAUUUUUGCUCCAAACAUUUCUUUCUUAUUCUUACAUGGGGAGUUGUAGAAGAAAUUAAUAUUGAUGUUUGUAGUUCUAAGAAUCAAGAUUGCUUCUUUGAACGGUAAAAUGAUCUGCUUACCACAUUUCUUUGGGUACUUGAACAUUUUUUUAUUGAUCCCGAGGCUUUUGGAACCUUUGGUUGGAAGUAAACUAAUAAUACUACUGCAACCACCAUUAUAUUCAUCUCUUGAUUUUCUAUCUCUUGCUUUUAGCUUGAUUCCAGAUAUUAACUAGCAGUACUUCUUAAGUGUCUCCCCUGCUUAUGCUUAAAUAUCUCCUAUCCUAGUAGUUCCUCAGCCUGUCAUGUUUUAAUUACAGGUUAGUGCCGACUUCUGGCUAUUGAUGCGACCGUUACCAUAAUUUUUGACUAACGCUUUUCUCCAUUUCUAUGUUCUUGGACAUUUUCUAUGUGCUGUUUUGUAGGCUUAUGUACAACAACAGCUAGAAACAAGUAGGAUAAGGAUUAACUUGAGCAAGACAUUCAAAACGCCCAUGCUCCGGUUGGUCAAUGCAUGAGAAAGAUGCACUUCCAUUUUUAAAUCAACUGGGUAACACCUUUUUAUUGACAUUCUUGAUGACUUGUGGAGAUGACUAGUUUUUGACAUUUUUCACCAAGCAGGGAUCUUUUUCAGUGACGAGUGUUUCGGAUCUGAUCACCUCAAGAGCGGCUACGGUGGUUAAGAUACCACAAAAACUCAAGGCCCCUGGUCAGAUCUCGGGGGUCCAAAAGAAAAAGAGCGCUCCUGGCGCUUUUGCCAUCACCCCAUUAAUCCCGGUCCUGGAAGACACCUCCAGGACCUUGGCCAUUCCAGAGGGGGUAGCCACCCGUGGUGUGAUAGUCGUCGCUCCACCUCCCCAAAGCCGAGGUAAACAAAUCCAAGUGCCAGAGGGGCCUGUCACUGGGUCCUCCCUUUGGAAUCGACACUUCGUCCAAUCCGUGCUUGAAGGGGAGGACAAAAGGCAUCCCGGUUGACGCUAGUGCCCGGAAUGGGAUGUCUCGGUCAACGACACAUGUAAGGAUCCUCGAGUUGCCCAUCACCUUCUCGUCCAUUCUAGUCUGUCCCAAGAUCACACAUUCGUGAAGAAACUCACCUCGGAAGAGCUGAUGCAGAGCACUUCGGUUGCAUGGGCUUCUACUUCUGCUUUCUCGUCCGAGCUUAUCCAGAGGUACACCAGCAUGGUUGAGAACCAGCCUCCUGCCGAGCUCAUGGACAAAGUAUCUCGGCUCAAGAAAGAAUUGAAGGUGGCCGCGGAAAAAAAAGGCCCAACUCCAGAAGCAACAUGACACCACGGUAGCCGAAGUGGAGCAUUUCAAGACUACCAUCAACUCCUUGGAGACUGCUUUUGAGAAAGAAAAGAAACGAAGACAAGAGGAGGAGCAGUCUUCUCGGGAAGUUAUAGAGAAGGCCGGUAGUACUGCGGUCGAAGCUUUUCGCUCUUCCGAGACCUUCAUGAAAUACCUCGGUGAGUUGACUUUGUCGAGUUUCAUGUUCGGCUAUACCACGACCAUCCAGGAUGCAGCUUCCUUCCUGACUCCGGAGCAGCUAGACGUGCUGAAGGACAAGCCUAACUACAACGAUGAUGCUAAGGAACUAUGCGACCGCAUGGCCAAUGGCAUCCAAUUCGGGCGAGAUCUGGCCGAAGUCAGAGAAGAAUUCAAUCGCGAGAUCGCCGAAUUCGAACAAGCGUCGGACAAUGAGUUCGGCGGAGCUGCUGGGGGUGAUGGUAGAGAGGGAGCGGAUUCCGUCGAGGUAGGUGGCUUUUAGAUGAGCUGCUCCCACCUCGGCCUCUUGUACUUGUAUUCGACCUCCGAAAUUAAUGAAAUUUAUCUUUUACUUCUUUCCCAA